AUGCCCGUCCAGAUCUCCGGGAUCUGCUGUCCAUGGUGUCCGAUCAGCUCACAGCUGGCCGCACCACUUACUAAUCUGCCAUCGAUGAGGGUCUUAUGUCCGAACGGUAGUCUAGUCGAGAAGCUGGUUAUCGUGUCUUCAGCUCGGGGACAUCGGCCAGUGUCCCCAUGCGCUACACACUACCGUGUACCUGUUCCAUAA